AUGUUGUACACCCCACUGGACGGGAGCCCCGGAAGUCCGGAGACUGACAGUAGCCGGGAUGAUGCCGACGCGCAAUUCGCAUUCGACCCUUUGGUCGGUGGAUGCCAUGGCGGAUCUCAGAGCAAGGAUGCUUCGCUCGAGCGAAACAGCGGAUCGCUUCAGCUUCGCGAGACUUCGCAUGCGCCUGCCGUGGUCGAGGUAGCCAAGCAGGUGGUUGAAAUGAAGCGAUUGGAGGCUUCCACAGCGGUCGAGCUGGAGCGGCUGAAGCAAAGUGGUGCGACGGAAAGGACGAGGCUUCUGGAGGAGGGCCGGACACAACGGAGUGCUUGUGUCGCAGCCGUGAUGAAGCGGGUCAUGGAAGAGCACCAUCAAACCGAACGACAGAAGAUCGAGAGCACGGCGCAAGUGCAGCAGGCUGCUAUUGCUGCACGUGUGUCAGAGGCCGAGGCGCAAGCAAACACGCCCGCCCGGCCCAUGAGCCAUUGGUUGCUCCUGUGGCUAUGUUUGGGACAGUCGCGCAGGGUACGGAAGGUGGGGUUCCCCGUUCUGCGUGUUGCCGGCUUUCUAUUGGUUCUGCGGGGUAUCUGGAGCUCAGGGUUCAAAAGCACGCCGGUCACACUGUUACAGCGAGCGUGGCGGGCGGUCAGUACGUCUCUUCAGCAGCAGCUGCGGGAUCAGCUACAGCCGCUACAGCUCUCAGGGCGAGAUCGGCUCCCGGAGCUACCAGAGCUGCCAAGUUUGGCAAGUGCGAGCCGCACAACCUCAGGUCACAAUCUGAACACAUUUCACAAGGAGCUGGAAGACCUGGGUCUCGCAGGCUACUUGGAGGAGCUGCUGAGCUGCAAGUGCACUGUUUCAACGAGACUGCCCAAGCUUCUCCAUCAAUCCUCGCAAACGUCGUACAGGGCCACCUGGGCCUUCCCCAGUGCACCGAUCACGAUCAACAACAUCCUGGGGUUGGACUAUUGGAACAACCUGACCUAUGUACCGAUGAUGACUUCAGGAGCCGGUCGCUUGCUCGUCAGCGUCCAUGAGAUUCUUGAGCCGAAGAUGGCAUACAGCCGUCCUAGACUCGAAGAGGAGGACUUUGAACUCUUCGUGUGA